UUGUCUAUUUAUGUCUUUUGUCUCCUAUGGAGUUCCUGAAACUUACAGGGCACACUAAAACCCACUCGACCGUUUCUUCUCCUCCCCCAACUCCGUUUUUCAUUUCCUGCAAUUCUCCAAAUUUGCAUUUGCUUCUAUGAAACACAAGCAGACUCAAAGUUUCAAACUUUGAAAGGUUGAAGUGAAAAAACCAAAGCAUGUUUUACUCACAGUGUCUCUUAUCAAGAAAAGGGCGUUUAGGCUCCAUAUGGGUUGCUGCCUAUUGUUUCAAAAAGCUCAAGAAGGCCCAGGUCGCUGAAACUGACAUUUCAGCCUCUGUUGAUAAAAUUUUGAAGGAUGAUUGGGAUGUCAUCGCAUAUAGGGUACUAGCCUACCUUCUUCUUGGUGUUGUUCGAAUAUACUCAAAAAAAGUUGAAUACCUUUUUGAUGACUGCCACGAAGUGCUAACUGAAAUCAACAAGUUUGUUGUUAGCACAAAAGAGAAGGGAGACACAGAUACAUUUUGUGCGCCUUAUGACUCUGUUACCCUACCAGAGAGGUUUGAACUUGAUGCAUUUGAUUUGGGACUUCCUGAAGAUGUCAGUGGAGGAAAUGAAGUAUCCUACGAAGCUAUCACACUUAAAGAUUGUCCAAAGGGAAAUGUAGGACAAUUUUCAUCAGAUAUGUAUGAUUACGAGGAAUUUGGUCCCUGCCGUGGUAUCUUUUCUGCCAAUUACAUUCCAGGCAGAGAGUAUGUUUCUGUGGAUCCUGAAAACUUUGUACUUUCAUAUGACGGGAUGGAAUUGGAUAUGGAGUUAAGGACGUCGAGGAGUGGAGCUAACCCAGAAGUAAACAUGGAGAAUCCUCAAGAGAGUAGGUUCUCUCAAGUAGAAACUAAUGGAGAACAGAUAAAGGUUCCGGAUAUAGCAUUGUCUGAAGGUGGGACUCUAGGAGAAGCAAGGCAGGAAAAGCUUCCAGACCUUAGGUCUGAGGAAAAAGGUCUGAACCAUGAAACAUUUUUUGGCAUUGAAGAAGAGCCCCUAAACCAAGUUGAACCAUUUGGUGAAGAUCACGAAAUUAAUGGGGAGCAAAUAAAGGCUCCUGCUGUAGUCCAGUCUGUUGAUGGAAUUCAAGAAGAGGCAAGCCUGGAACCUUCCUGUCAUGUUACAUCAUCUGGUGAAGAUCACCACAUUAUUCGAGAGGAGAUUAUCAUGCAAUCAGAAAAUCAAAUGUGUCCAGUUACAAGAGAAGACCACAAUCUAAGCAACUUGGAAGCUGACAGGGGAAACCUGAAAAGUUGUACACCUGCUCUAGAAGAGAACAUGGACCUUGAUAAGUCUUGUGACUUAAAGAAACCUGAAAAACCUGUUUGUUCAUAUGGGGAAGAGAAUCAUAAGGAUGGAGAGCCGACAAAGUUACAGGACACGAUUCCACCAGAUAAUGUGAAUUGUCAAAUUACUGCUGGAAAAGAUUCAGAGGCUUUAGUUGUUACUACACCAAAGUUAAGGAGGGUUAUUCCCACACCAGCUAUGAGGAAGGCUACUCAAAUCUCCAGGAAAAGGAAAAAGAAAUGUACCUUUGAUGAAAUGGUAGUGCUGCCUAAUACGGUAAUCAAGCGAAGCAUAAAUGAUGCGAGUGACUUGGUUUCAAAAAGAAGAAAGGUUCCUGAAACUGCCCUUGCUGCCUGGAAAACCUGUCAGCUUAGAAACCUAUCCCGGAAUUUCUUGGAACCAUUGAUACCUAGUGUUUCAGAGGAGCUUAGGUCGCUCUUCCACAAAAGCAUAAUAGAAUCUGCUGAAACUGUUGAACCUCCAGAAAAGCUAGAUGUGUUAGAACCUCCAAGUACUGGUAGACCAGAGCAAGUAGAAACUUCACCAGGGCCACCUGUCCUUGAGCAAAUAGAAAUUGAGCCUGGAACCCCUAUCCUUGAGAAAAUAGAAAUUGCACCAGGAACGCCUGUCCUUCACUCAACAUCAAUGAAAUCAUUCAAUAGUCCAAAGAGCCCCGAAGCUCGUGAUAUGGAUAUGGUGAUACCUGAGCCAUCCGGAAGGAUAGAGGAAGAGCCAUCUAUGGGAAAUGAACAAGCUUACCCAUCUGAAAGUGUAGAAGUACCAUCUUUGGACAAGGUUCAAGAGCAUGAUUUCAAUUUAUUGAAUGAGGAACCUGAUUUAUGUGAGGGAGUUAACCCUGAACUGGAUGGGUGGUCAAAGAGAACCAGAGUGGUUGCAAGGUACUUGCAUAGAGAAUUCACAAAUUGUAAAAAUCGAGGAGAGGAGGAAGUGAACUUGUUGCAGGUUUCAGAAGGAAAAACCAAGAAAGAAAGUGCAAGGUUGUUCUAUGAGACACUGGUGUUGAGAACUAAUGGGUAUGUGGAUGUGAAGCAAGAUGAAGCCUAUGGUGACAUUCUACUCCGUAAGCUCCACAAAUGGGAUCAAACAUGGGAAGACGAUACGGUCAACAGAGACAGCUUCGAACCUAUGGAUUCAUGUGCAUAGCUAACAGGAAAUCAGGAAUCCUGUAUACAUUUUGUAUGCCAGAAUGCCAUCAUACUGUAGUAGCUUUCGGUUUAGGAAUGAUACAGUUCUGGUUGUAGUAUAGGAUGAGAUCGAAGGGAAAGAUGAUGAGAGACCAUGGUUGGCUCUGAGAAGCGGUACUGCUACAGCUUUGAUCAUGUUUCCAGAACUGGUAUUUUAUUAUAUGAACGAAGAUGACAAUAUUUAGGCCA